GCGGGCGCCGGGGCAGAGUCCUAGCAGUAUUGUUGCGUGGGUUUGCGCGUGGAUAGAGGCCUGAGCGAGCCCGUUGUCCGGAGUGCACCUGCCGCCCGCCUUGUCCAUCCCGGGAGUCCCUGUCGCCCUCACCGUCGAGCCGCUAUGGAGGUGCAGAAGGAGGCACAACGCAUCAUGACCCUGUCUGUUUGGAAGAUGUACCACUCGCGCAUGCAGCGCGGUGGCCUGAGGCUGCACCGGAGUCUGCAGCUGUCGCUGGUCAUGCGCAGCGCCCGGGAACUCUACCUCUCAGCCAAGGUGGAGGUCCACGAGCCCGAGGUGUCCUUGCAGCCCGCCCGUUCCCCCGACCCUCGCCUGCACUCGCCGCGGGAAGCAGAAGCUGAAGCCGAGGCAGCGCCCCUCGACGGUGAGCAGCCCUCCCCGGAGCCCAUGGACACGCAGGAGGCGCCGAGAUCCCAGGAGGCCCCUGCCCAUGGUGGCCCGCGCCCUGCCAAAGUCAGCCGCAAGCGGCGGAGCAGCAACCUGAGCGAUGGAGGGGACGUCGGACUGGUCCCAAGCAAGAAAGCCCGUCUGGAAGAGGAGGCGGCGUCCUUGGAGGUCCCUGAUCGCCUGCAGCCCUCUCCGGCGCAAGCGGAGGGCGCCUUUCCCAACCUGGCCCGCGUCCUACAGAGGCGCUUCUCCGGUCUCCUGAACUGCAAUCCCGCGGCCCCUCCGACGGCGCCGCCAGCGUGCGAGGCAAAGCCGGCCUGUCGCCCGGCGGACAGCAUGCUCAACGUGCUCGUGCGGGCCGUGGUGGCCUUCUGAAGACCCCGAGUGACGCUACCGGAGCCCAGAGCGCGGGUCCAGCCUGUGGCCCAAGUACGCAGACCCGAGGCGAGGCCCACCCCCGGGGGAGCGCCCGCGGAAACCGUGGAGAGAAGCCGCCGACCGGGCUGCUGAAGAGGCCCGGAGAGGGACUCUGCCCCCGGGGAGCCGUCGCCUUCUGUGUGCAGCUACGGCACCGAGGAGCCUGAGCCGGGGGCGCGGGCGCCUACCGCCGAGACCUGCCGCGCGCACAGGUGCUGUCUUAACGGACUGGGACAUGGACUUUUCCUUUUCCUACUGGACUGGGAGAAGGGAGGCUUGGUUCUUUAAUUUCCUCAGGGUCAGACUUUGUUUUUUACUGGGGGCUGUGCUGCCCCUUCAAGGGUUUUCAAUAGUUGGUGUUUGCGUUUCCAACCUUUGAGAAUUCCCCGCACUCCCCUUCCCCCGCCACUGACAUACUUGUGCAAGCGGUCAUCGUUGCGUCAUGGGGCAGACGUGGGGAGCUUCCUGUUGCCUUACGUGGGUGUGGGGCCUAGGAGGAGGGUCUGGCGUGUGGACCUGCCCUGGGGAGUGGGAGGAGAGUGGCCUGAGUCACUUUGUCCGUGGGUGCUGCUACUGGUUAGCGUCACACGCCCCUGAGCCUUCGGGUGGGAGCAUCAGGGUUUUUUAGGUUCAAAAUUUUCUCAUCUGGUGCGUUAGAGGUGGCGAGUAUGUUCCUAGUCUCAAGCGUGAUCCUCCCUCAGACACAUGGACACAACCCAGACGUUCCUGGUCAGAAUCCCGAAAAUGUGGACGGGAUGUUCAAAGCACUGUAAGGUUAAGCUGGGACCAGUCACUGGUGACACUGGACCAGUUUUGGGAGGGGAGGAAAUUCUUGCCGGCGAGUUUCUGAGGAUCUGUUUACCUUUCCAAUCGUGGAUUCUCCCUCCACCUGGCGUUUUGUUAGAAAUGUCAGAUAGGAAAAUAAAGACCAUUUGAGCAAAAAGUAA